GCAUAUACACAUAAAUCGGAGAAUUUUUACCGAAAUGUUGGACUGCUUUAUCGACUCGUGAAUUCGGAGUUUCGCAAUUUCUCCACAUGAGGUCUUCUGGUCGUUUUGUAUUCGAAUUAUCGGUAUGUGUCUUACAUAUGUAGUUCAGUGAUUAGUAUGCACACUCGAUACAUGUUUCAGAAUUGAUAAUUUUUUCUGAUUAUACAUUCAUAUAUAUCAGUAAGUGUAAAUAAUGAAUGCUUGUUUCGGAACAAAUUAUGGUAAUUAGUUCAAGAAACAAAUUAAUCGGUAACUUAACCUCGAAGGAAUAUGAUAACCUCAUAUGUACUCAUUUUGCUUACCGGUUUGAUCGGUAUCGGGACAUGUAACAAUACAUAUAAUGAUUUUUUUGACGAGGAGUUAAUGUUGAAACCUCUAUCAAGUAAUCAUGUUUAUGCCUAUUUUCAAUUCACCACAAUAUGGGAGACGACAAAAGAUGUAGAAAUGCUUCAACAUUUGCAUCUCUUUCCGAGAGGUUUAAGUGAGAUCAUAGGUCGUCAUAAUGUCGAUGAGUUACACGUUACCUUAACAGAAGGAUUAUGGAAUUAUCAAAAGUGGGGAUACCCGUUUCACGAUGCUGGACCCGGUGCUGAAAUUACUACUUGGUUUAACAAAAACGUAACAAACAUAGAUGAGGGAUGGAAAGCACUAACAAAUGCCUUAGCUGGUUUGCUUUGUGUAUCAUUAAACUUUGUUGAUCCAUCCAAUAGUAUGUCACCAAAAUUUACUUUCCGUCUCACUGGUGUCACAAAUGGACCAGUAAAUUCAAAUUAUUUACGUUAUUCAUCAUUACCAAGAGAGAUAGUUUGUACUGAAAAUCUAACACCAUUCAAAAAACUGUUACCCUGUGACUCUAAGAGAGGUUUGGCAACAUUGUUAAAUUCUGCAUAUAUUCAUGAUACAAAUUAUCAUUCCAUUGGAUUACAUUUUCGAUCAAUAUGUCGAGAUAUUACUUGCACAAGGACAUCUUUGGAACUGCGACAGACUGUUUCUUUGAUAUACGAUACAAUGAUAGAUAUAAAUCAGGAUUGGUCCAUACGAAAAUUUUUUGGAAUAGGACUUAAAGGCGCAUGCCCACUUUCAACAUUAAGUAACAUAUAUAUUGAUAUAUCAGACAAUAACACGAAUCACGUGUAUGAAUUAACACCGCCACCGAGUGCAAAAAUUGUUAAUUUACGUGGAGGACAACAGAAUGUAAUAGCAGUAUAUGACAUCAGAGCUCAUUCCAAUAAAGGAAUAUUUAAUAUUGCUGCAAUACAUAGUAAACCAAAGACCAGCAUUAUAAACUUAUCUUCAAUUCUCUACGCAAAUAGAUAUGUCAUUGGGUACGGUCAAGAAAGGGGUAGUUUAGUAACUAAAUUACAUAACAACCACUGGCAAGCGUUAGAUGUAAUCUUACUAGAAAAUAUUCCAUGGUACUUGUUAGUUUACUUACAUUCCAUCACAAUAAUCCAGAAUGGACAACAAAUUCAUCCAUUGACGCAGCGUUAUCUACCUGGAAAAGAGAGAAAGAGUCCGUACUACUUGGAAUUGAUCUUGCAUCUACCACCGCACUCAAUAACAAAAAUCUCAAUCGAUAUGGAUUAUUUGUUCCUAAAAUGGCAGGAAUACCCACCAGAUGCUAAUCAUGGUUUUUACAUGGGACCAGCCAUAGUUACGGCCUUGUUACCUAUAGCUAGAAAUUAUACUGCUCUGCCACUCGAUGGGAGUACAAUUACUUCAAGUUUUAACGCUUCGAGGUAUGACUAUUUAGUGCAAUUACGAACAGAGUCCUUACUUAUCAGUCUUCCGACUCCCGACUUCAGUAUGCCUUACAAUGUUAUAUGUCUGGCCUGUACAGCAGUUGCAUUAGCAUUCGGACCACUUCACAACAUUUCCACAAAGAGAUUAAUUUUAAAGCGCAUCGAAAAGGACUGGAAAGGUAAAUUAUUUUCCUUUUUCGUAGGAAAAAUAUUUAGAACGAAGCAAAAACAAGAAUAAAGUUACAUAAAUAUAUGUAUUAUAUAAGUAUAAAUGAAAUUAAUUAUAUCUCCCAUUUAAAUGAUUUGUUUUGAUUAAAACAAUUUAACAACAAUUUAAACAACAAAUGCAAGCCUUUCUCUUAUAUGUGAUUGUCGAACAUUACAGAGAGAAAUAAAGAUCUUUCUUCAAACUUA